UCCGGGCUGCCGCAACUGUCACAGGUCCGGGUUGCAACGACUGUCAUAGGGUCGGGCUGUAACAGUUGGCAAGAAUACCUAACUUCGUCUUCUGGCGGUCCAAUGGAACCUGACACGAUGGGGCCACAACCGACCAUGGGCGAAGUGGGAGAGGAGUACAGGACAUCGCCCGAUCGAGCUCUGAGGGAUCUGAAGGAACGAAUUAGGCAAGAAGCACCGCUGAGAUGGGCUGACCAAACCAAUGACGGAGGGCCCGACGUAAGAGGCRAACCAGUUGCGACAGAGCCGCAGGAGGCUCUAAAGACGGGUACCUCGAGCGGACGACGAGAAGCGACGAGGCGACGCUCCCCCGAGUACGAGCGGAGGGACACCAUAGCGGACAGGCACAUAGACGACUGGAGAGAGAGUUUGAGGGAUUCCUAUUGGAGGGACAGAGAUAGAGACAGGGCGCCGCCGAUGCGAGUCUUCGACCCCCAGACAAGGGAGUCACAUCCGCUCCCUUACGAGAGCAAGGAUCGCUAUAUUAUUACGCACAAGGCCUCAAAGCCUCCUACCUUCAGGGGCUAUGGUAUCACAGAAUAUCUGGAGAAGUUGGAGCUUCAUGCUAGCCGAAGUCAGUGGUCGGAGGAAGAGAUUAUAGAGAACUUCCUAUUUAAUAUGGACCCAAGUCUCAGUAGGGAAGUUACGGAAGCUCGACCGAAGGAUGGGAAAUGGACUCCGUACAAGAAGAACCUCGUUGAGCUUUACAAAUUGGAGGAUAAUAAGUAUUUCAUCAAGGACCUUGAAACAAUGACUCAAGAUGAAGAUGAGAGCGUACGGGCAUUUGGGAUGCGUUUCCAGAAGAUCUCYGACGUGYURAUGAAGAAGGGGAAGAUCUCAGAGGUCGAGCGCUGUACUAUCUUCAUCGGACACUUGUCCAAAGGUAGGCAAAAGAGUAUACUUAGAGAUCUUCCGCGCGACAGGCUUGAUUUCCCAGAAGUCCUAAAGCUUGCGAUAAAGGCAGAGGCAGACGAUUACAAAGACUUGGUGUGGAGAGGGAUGAGCAGACGUGACUUCUCUCUCUACAAGGAGUAUGCCACUGAUAGAUGUUCUGAUUUCAAGGACUAUCCCUGGUUGGAGAAGAAUGAUGCCGUGGUUGAGGAAGUGAAGGAGAUACGGGACAUGGUGAAGGGAUUGACAAGACAGGUUACAGAGAUUGUGACCACUACAGGGGCCACGGCCUACCGGGACAAACCUCGAGGGCCCUAUUCACUUCGCUGGGACAGUAGGAACAACGAUUCCUGGACGAGUGUCGAGGAUAGAAAUCCUCGGACGCUGACUGAUUAUCGUACGAGGGGAAGAGAGAGAGACGAUGAGCCAUGGCGACGUAGGGACGAUGAGAUAGACCGAGACCGCAGAGAUCACGAGCCGUUUGCGCGAUCAAGGAGGCUGGAUGAUUACCCGCGAAGCCCUCGCUAUAAGGCCGAUCGGGGUAGAGGCGACUCUCGCGGCCGAUGGGAGACAGAUCAGGGCCGACGAGAUGGAUAUAGGGACGACAAAUACGAGAGAUCGGACCGAGAUGGAUAUAGGGACGACAAAUACGAGAGAUCGGACCGAGACGGGUAUAAGGACGACAGAUACGAGAGGUCGGGUCGAGAUGGCUACAGAGGAGGUAGGUAUGAAAGAGGAGAUCGGGACUGGGAACGACGAGAUGGGUCGUGCGGACGGUUUAAGCGCAAGGAAGAUGCGAGAGAGCAGCGCGAUGAGUCGCGGGGGUGGUACAACCGAGGGGACCGACGCGAUGAGACACGAGGGCGAUAUGACUCCGAGGACCGCCGGAAUGAUUCGCGAAGGCAAUAUGAGCAAGGAGGGUCUAGAGGAGACCGCCGCAACGAUUCGCGAGGCCGGAAUGAGAGAGAGGGGUAUGGCGUCUCAUCAGAACCAUAUCCCAAGUCGCUUGACCCCAAGGCAGCCAGGAGUUCGAUCUCGAGAAGCGCAGACGACAGACCAUCUACUCCUAGGAACUCAUGCGUUUACUGUAGAGGAGAAGAUCAUAUCAAGAGGGAUUGCCCGGACCUCAAACGGGCAAUAGAUGAGGGACUUGUCGUGCUUGACGACCGCAAGUACGCCAAGUGGGCAGAUGGUCUGGGAGAUGUAUCGAUGUUCCCUUCGAUGAAGGAGAAUGUCGAAGCGAGGAGAGUAAAGCCGAGUAAAGAAAAGGAGCCGGUCAGGAGCCAGAGCAUCAAGAUAACCUUUGAGGGGGAUAUGGCGACCACACCCAUAAGGGUGACAGCCACCAAGUCGGCGAGAGGGUCUACAUCGAAGAAGACUGACACGGAUUACGUGAUGACGGAGAAGGACGGGCAGUGGGUCGAUGAAGAGCAGGUUAUCCUUUCGCCGCGAAAGAGGGGAGUGAAGAAGUUCUUAAUGAAGAGUUCGCUGGAUGAGAUUGACACGGUCGAGCCACUGAGGCGGGUCCUUUGGCAAUCCAUGCAGUGCUCUAUUCUGGAGUACCUGGCGGCAUCGAAGCCGGCUCGUGAUGAGUUAGAGAUGAUCACGCAGAAGAUUCGCAUACCUCUAUCGGAGGAGGGUCAGGGGGCCCCUAAGGCGGAAGCUCCUACAAUAGCAUUAACGGGGGUGACUACCAGAGCAGAUCGCAUGGCGACAGUCCUUCUCGAUGGAAUGGAAGGUGUGCCUCUAGACAAGUUUUAUAUACUUGGUAGCGGGGCCGUGGAGACGAUUAUAAACGAUGGAGCGAUACUCGAUGCUGUGAUCGAUAACGGCAGUGAGGCUGUCAUCAUAGACGAGGACCUGGCAGUACAGGUUGGACURGGCCUCGAUAGGUCAUACCUAUUCGAGAUAGAGACAACUGAUGGGAGAAAGCAACAGAUCACUGAGGUUUGUCACAAGGCAGCCACAGAGGUCCAAGGGAUACGAGUGACCCUGCCUGUCUUUGCAGUCAAGAACUGCAGCUCCGACCUGCUCUUGGGUCGAACGUGGCUGAGCCACGUGCAUGCGGUGACGAUAGAGCGACUUGAUGGGAGCCAAACAUUGUCCAUUAGGAAGCCAGAUGGGACGCGGGUAAUGAUUAAGACAGUGGAGCCUCGGGACCCGAGGAACAGAGCAACUCUCGCUCUGGGUGCGAGACCCAGUGAACAAAUUAAGUCGUUACCUAUCUCCGGCCGCGCGGUGCGAUUUCGCGAGAAGAAAUAUGGACCACUGCUCACAGAGGAAGAAGGUCGGAUCGUGGAGGUGGAAGAUUUAGAGAGUCGGCUAAUAGUGGACGGCAACUCGUACCCAAAGGAAAAAGAUGAGGAAUUUGGCGGUGUGCCGAAUGGCAAGAUCCGAUGGAUCCAGGACCUUCAGAAGGUCAACGCGGUGACGAUACGAGACGUGGGCUCCGUGCCACACGCCGAUUUACUGGCAGAAGGCGCCGCAGGUAGGUCAAUUUAUUCGAUCUGUGAUCUGUUCUCAGGUUAUGAUGAGGUACCGCUUGACCCUAGGGACAGGCACCUCACGACUAUGCAUACGCCAUUGGGACUAAUACAAAUGAUGGUUGUCCCUAUGGGUUGGACUAAUGGGGUAGCCUUUUUCCAGAGAGCCAUGGUAGCCGUCCUCAAGGACUUCAUCCCUGAUAAGGUUGAAGUUUUUCUGGAUGACUUUCCUAUAAAAGGGCUAGUAGACAGGGAUGAGACGGAGUUAGAAGAUUCGUCGAGCAGCACCUAACAUAUAUUUGCGCGGUACUCGAGCAGCUGGACGAUGCGAAUUUAAUAGUCAGCGGAACAAAGAGCCGAUGGGCCG